AUGCCAAUUGAACACUCCCCUCCGAAAACACCUACUCCUAUGUUACAGCAUUCUCAAUCAUCUCCGGAUAUAACCGGAGAUUCCAAUGUAACCAUGAGGUCACAGAGACUAAAGCGUAAACGGGGAGAUGACUUGGAAUAUUUUCUGAGCAAAUUUGAAAAUAUGUUCACUACAUGGACAGCCGCACAGGACGCGAAGUAUGAAUCACUACUAAGUACCGUCAACACAAUCAGAGAUCAGAACUCACAAAUUUCAUCGUCAAUUGAGUUCAUGAGUAACAAAUACGAUGAGCUGAAAAUUAAAUACGACACACUUAUGCAAGAAAAUCUAGAAGACAAAGCACAAAUUAGAAAUUUGGAGGAAAAAAUAGAAAUACUAGAAAGAAGAAGUCGUGCUACUUGUAUAGAAAUUAGAAAUAUUCCGAGUUUGAAAACCGAAAAAACGCAGGUAUUACAAGAUAUUGUUAAAUCACUUGGUGAUGUGCUCAAAGUCGAGAUUGACCCUUAUGAAAUACGAAACAUCCACAGGGGGUUUUCAAAAAAUGAGAAAUCUAAACCAUUAAUUGUGGAAUUUUCGUCGGUAAUCAUUAAGGACAAAAUAUUGAGCUCGGCAAAACGUUUCACUAAGGACAAUAAUGGCGACAGACUGAACACCAAGCACCUGAGCUUCGAUGGACCUCAAAAAACAGUUUAUGUGUCGGAUUUCUUUACACCAAGCAUGAAAAGACUCUAUUUCCUUGCAAGAGAUUUUGCUGCGAAAAAUAAGUACAAGUUCUGCUGGGCUACUCCAGGUAGUAUAUUGUUACGUAAGAAAGAAAAUGAGCCCUCAAUUCGGUUAAAAAACGAACAAGACCUCAAGCGCUUGGAGACUACAUAA